UGCGCGAGUCAGCCCUCACGCAGGGGCAGCAGGAAACAAUAGAGGCCGCGCGCGCAGAGCAAGCGCCCGUAGCCUCCCCGCCCCUCCCGCAACGCUCGACCCCGGGAUCCCCCCGGCUUGCCUGCCCGCCAUGGCCGACAAGGAAGCAGCCUUUGAUGACGCAGUGGAAGAACGUGUGAUCAACGAAGAGUACAAAAUAUGGAAAAAGAACACCCCUUUUCUUUACGAUUUGGUGAUGACCCAUGCCCUGGAGUGGCCUAGCCUAACUGCGCAGUGGCUUCCAGAUGUAACCAGACCAGAAGGGAAAGACUUCAGCAUUCAUCGACUUGUCCUGGGAACACACACGUCUGAUGAACAAAACCAUCUUGUGAUAGCCAGUGUGCAGCUCCCUAACGAUGAUGCUCAGUUUGAUGCUUCACACUACGACAGUGAGAAAGGAGAAUUUGGAGGUUUUGGCUCAGUUAGUGGAAAAAUUGAAAUAGAAAUCAAGAUCAACCACGAAGGAGAAGUAAACCGGGCACGUUAUAUGCCCCAGAACCCUUGCAUCAUUGCGACAAAGACUCCAUCCAGUGAUGUUCUUGUUUUUGACUAUACAAAACAUCCUUCCAAACCAGACCCUUCUGGAGAGUGCAACCCAGACUUGCGUCUCCGUGGACAUCAGAAGGAGGGCUAUGGACUUUCUUGGAACCCAAAUCUCAGUGGGCACUUACUUAGUGCUUCAGACGACCACACCAUCUGCCUCUGGGACAUCAGUGCUGUUCCAAAGGAAGGAAAAGUUGUGGAUGCGAAGACCAUCUUUACAGGGCAUACAGCAGUAGUAGAAGACGUUUCCUGGCAUCUGCUCCAUGAGUCUCUGUUUGGGUCAGUUGCUGAUGAUCAGAAACUUAUGAUCUGGGAUACUCGUUCAAACAAUACUUCCAAACCAAGCCACUCAGUUGAUGCUCACACUGCUGAAGUGAACUGCCUAUCUUUCAAUCCUUACAGUGAGUUCAUCCUGGCCACAGGAUCAGCCGACAAGACUGUUGCCUUGUGGGAUCUGAGAAAUCUGAAACUUAAGUUGCAUUCCUUUGAAUCACAUAAGGAUGAAAUAUUCCAGGUUCAGUGGUCGCCUCACAAUGAGACCAUUUUGGCUUCCAGUGGUACUGAUCGCAGACUGAAUGUUUGGGAUUUAAGUAAAAUUGGAGAGGAACAGUCCCCGGAAGAUGCAGAAGAUGGACCACCAGAAUUGUUGUUUAUUCAUGGUGGUCACACUGCCAAGAUAUCUGAUUUCUCCUGGAAUCCCAAUGAACCUUGGGUGAUUUGUUCUGUAUCAGAAGACAAUAUCAUGCAAGUAUGGCAAAUGGCAGAGAACAUUUACAACGACGAAGAUCCUGAAGGAAGCGUGGAUCCAGAAGGACAAGGGUCCUAGAUAUGUCUGCACUUCUUGUGAUUUUAGACUCCCCUUUUUUCCCCCUUCUCAACCCUGAGAUUGAUUUAACACUGGUUUUGAGACACAGACUUUGUUUGGCUAUCCCUCUAUGAUAGGUACCAUCAACGAUGUUACUAGCCCAAACAGAGGGUGUUUUCUAAAUAUUAACUGGGGGACUUGAUUCAGUAAAGCCACAGACUUAUAUUUAAAUUUUCUUCAGGAAUUUUCUAGUAACAAAAGGUCUAAUGUAGCCACAAAAAGGGGAAUAUUGGGUGUGGUUAUUUUUCUUCUUAGGCUAUAUCCCCAAGUUUGUUACAGACUCCUUUUAAGUAAAGGCUAAAGUGAGGAAGGAUAGAGCCAAGUGAGGUAGGUGUCUGAGCCAUGAAGUAUAAAUACCACAAGAUGGUUUUUAUUCAGGAAAUGGGGGAGAUUCAAGUCAUAUAAAUUCCUCUUCUAAAGUUUUCACACCUGACUUUCCAGGAUGCACAUUUCCCUAUGUAGACCAGUCUCCUCUCAGUUUCUUCAGUUAAGUCAAAACUAUGUGUUCCUCUUUCCCCAUAUAUUUUUGCUUGUUAGUGUAUUUCUUGAGCUGUUUUCAUAUUUCUUUCCUUUCUGUGAAAUGGUUUUUUUAAAAAACUUGGGACCACCAAGUUGUAAAGAUGUAUGUUUUUACCUGACAGUCAUACCACAGGUAGACUGUCCAGUUGAGUUGAGAAGAGUGAAUUGAUAGCUUGUAUUUGUUUUUAAAAUUAAAUUAAUCCUGGAUAAGAGUUGCUUUUUUUUUUUUUUUUUUUUUUUUUUAGGAGUUAGUCCUUGACCACUAGUUUGGUACCAUCUCUAUUUUGGGUGACCUGUUUCACCAGCAGGCCUGUUACUCUCCAUGACUAACUGUGUAAGUGCUUACAAUGGAAUAAAUUGCUUUUCUACGUAACCCCA